UAUUCUCAAAACCCCACUCUUUGAGUUCGAUUCUCUCUAACCCGCGAAUUCCUGAAAAUGACGAAGGUGUACGGAACCGGUACGUACGAUUUCAAGCGGCACCGAGUGGCGGAGUACCCCGCUAAGCUGCCGGCGGAGAAGACGGUGGCGGCGAAGCCCGGGGGGGCGGUCCCGAGCACGAUAACGCUGUCGGAGAUUCAGCGGGACCGGCUGACGAAGAUUGCGGCGGAGAAUUGGUCGAGGGCCGGCGGGACGAAGCCGGAGAAGCCGUUCGAACCGGAGCUGGUGAAGGAGAUCUACGAGACGGAGCUAGUGGUGAAAGGUGGGAGAAAGCCCGUUCCGUUGCAGAGGGUGAUGAUUCUGGAGGUGAGCCAGUACCUGGAGAACUAUCUGUGGCCAAAUUUCGAUCCAGAAACGGCGACGUUCGAGCAUGUGAUGUCGAUGAUAAUCAUGGUCAAUGAAAAGUUUCGAGAGAAUGUGGCAGCUUGGGUAUGCUUCUAUGAUCGGAAAGAAUUGUUCAAGGCAUUCCUUGAGAGGGUUCUUCGGCUGAAAGAGGGAAGAGAAUUAAGCAUAGCUGAGAAGACGAAUUACUUGGUUUUCAUGAUCAAUGCCUUUCAGAGCUUGGAAGAUGAGGUUGUCAGUGAGACGGUUUUGAGAUUAGCAAGUUUGCAAUCCUGGCACAGUUUGUCAUAUGGUCGUUUUCAGAUGGAACUUUGUCUUAAUAUGGAUUUGAUCAAAAAAUGGAAAAGAAUGAUGAAGAGGGAGGUUAAGGAGGCAGCGACACGAGGAGAGAUUUUUGACCCCUCAACUAAGCUUGAAGUGAAAUUCUUGAGAAAUCUUAUUGAAGAAUUUCUGGAGGUACUUGAUUCGAAGGUUUUCCCGCAGCAACAGUGUGUUAAUGAAGAUGAUGAAGUAAUUGAUGGCAAUGGUUUGGAGAAAGUUGAUGAUGCUUGCGUUUUGUACUGUGAGAGGUUUAUGGAAUUUCUUAUUGAUCUCUUGAGCCAACUGCCAACAAGGAGGUACUUGAGACCUCUUGUUGCUGAUGUAGCUGUUGUUGCCAAAUGCCAUUUAAGUGCUCUUUAUAGACAUGAGAAGGGAAAACUUUUUGCACAACUGGUCGACUUGCUACAAUUUUAUGAGAAAUUUGAGAUUAAUGAUCAUGCUGGGACACAACUGACAGAUGAUGAGGUGCUCCAGUGUAAUUAUGACCGUUUCCUGUCUUUCCAGCUUCUUGCAUUUAAGAAGAUCCCAAAGUUGCAAGAACUUGCAUUGGCAAACAUUGGUGCAAUUCACAAGCGAGCUGAUCUCUCUAAGAAGUUGUCUGUGCUUUCUCCUGAAGAGUUGAAGGAUUUGGUUUGCUGUAAGGCAACCGACAACGUGCCUUGCAUUGGGGAUAGAGAAACGGAGCGUCUGCAAAAAGGCACCCUGGGCCCAGAGUAG